AUGGAUUAUUCAAACCGUGUUAACUCCAAGAAGGGGUCUGGUGGAGUAGCAGAUGUACAGGAGACAAAAGUUCACACCAGGCGACGCUUAAAAGAAUUGCUUACUACACAAGUAUUGGAUCUUGAUAGUGACCCAUAUGUCUUCAGAAACCAUCUAGGAUUGCUAGAAUGUCGAUUGUGUCUCACCACACAUGUCAGUGAAUCGUCAUAUAUUUCGCAUAUCGGAGGAAGAAAGCACCAGAUGAACCUUGAAAAAAGACAAAUCCUAGAUGAAAAAUACUCCAAAAACCAACAGGGUAUCAGUAAUACAAAUAAUGCAUCGGUAAUAUCCAUAAAUAAUACGCCCAAGCGAAGCUGGACGAAAAGCGGAAGACCAGCAUUUAAGGUCACCAAGAUCAGAAAUACGGAAACGUUGCAAAUGGGGUUGCUCAUCAAUGCGAAAUACCCCAAUGCAACAGUAGAAGAGCCAUUUUUCCGAAUUAUGUCAUACUACGAAUUGUCGACCAAAAAUCAGAAUGUGGCCUUGUCAUAUGUUCACAAAGAAGCUCAGGAUAAGGAAGAUGCUGAUCCUAACAACUGGCAGUAUCUUGUUAUCACUGCAGAACCAUACGAGAACAUUUGUUUUGCGAUCCCCAACAACAAAGAGAUCGAUAAACCCGCAGUUUUGGGCCAAAUGUCUGAUUCCUUCUGGUGGUACUGGGAUGGAGACACGAAGGACUUCUUCCUACAGUUUUUGUAUAAGUAG